AUGAACGAUAAAAUUGAAAUUGAAGAGGAGGAGGGAGGAAACAUUAACUAUGAAAAAGCAAAAUGUAUACCCUUACCUACACAACAACAAUUCUUUAGCGUAGAAUAUCCAGGAUAUGUAAAAAAUAUUGAUAGAGUAUUAAAAACUUUGGGGGGUCAAAAAGGAUUGAAAAAGGCAAUCAAUGAAGAUAUGAUGGAACUAUGGUUUAGGCCUGAUGAUCCUUUUAGUCAUCCAAUAAAUGGAAAUGUUAUACCAACAUCUAAUUUAUUAUUAAAAGUGACAAGGAGAAAACGUCGUUAUGUUAAAUGUGAAGUAAUAGGAAUCAUAAGUAAAACGUGUAGAUUUAGAAGAAUUGCAGAUUAUCAAUAUAUUCCAAACCCAAAUGAUUCUAUACCGAAAUAUAGAAAAGCAUUGGAGAAUUUAGAUGCAAAGGCUAUCAUGAACUUUCAAUCGGUUAUAAAUAAUAAGCAGGAGGAAGAUAAUUUGCCGCCGCCUAUCUUCUCCCGUAUUGAAUGUUCUAUGGAAUAUGGUUAUCGACAACAUAUAACAGCAUCAAAAGUAUUAGUACAGGAUAGUAGUGAUCAGGAAUCUGAAUGUAGCGAAGAAUAA